AUGAAUAACUGUGGUACUGGAGAGACCAUUUAUACACGUUUCUACUUUCUCAACAGCUGGAAGCCCACCUAUGCAAUUCUUAGCAAGCAUGAAGAAUAUUAAAAUGAACUCGAAGUUUUGCAAGAAGCUACAGAAAAUGAGAGGAAAAUGUAUCAGGAUUACAUAAUCCAGUAUAAAGAGAUUUUGGAGCAACACCGUGAGAAGUAUGCAGAAACCCCUCUUGCACAGGAGUGUUCCAAAAAAAAGAAAGAGAUUGAAGAAAUCCAAAACAGAAUUCUGAAGCAGUCUGAACAAUAUAAAUUGAAAGAAGACGCUUGCUCGGACAUUCUGGAGCCUGCUCCUUUCAAAUCCUUUAAUGACUGGGCUUUGCAUAUUGCUUCUUUGAGGCAAAAAACACAGGAAAUGUUAAAGCUUGCUGAAGUUGCUACACAAGAAUCAGUUGAACUAGAAAGAGAAGCAGAGGAAUUAGAAAUGAAAAUUAAUUAUUUUAAAAAGAGAUUUGAAGAGACUACAGAAGAUCAAAAUGAUUCAGAAAUGGUUGAAGGAAAAAAUCUGAAAAGUCUAGAGAAGCCAAAGAAUUUUAAGGAAAGGAUAUUUGAAGAGAGUGAGCAUCCUUCUUUGCUAAAUGAGAAACAUCAACUGUAUAAACCAUUACAUCUCCCGUGCAUUCCCCGGAAAUCAGUCCAGUCUGUACAGACUGUUAGAUUCUCUAUGAAGCGAAUGGACAAAGGGAGGGAAGAAAAAGAGAAACAUAUGGAACAUUCACUUGCUACUAGCAGUUCCUCCAGCCAUGCAGAAAAUCCGUCACAGAUGGUUAUGGACACUGCAUGGACUAAUAAUCUACAAAUUGCCCAAGUUCCAUCAACAGCAAGCUUGCAAAGCCAAAUGCAAUUCAGACAGGGAGUUCCUCCAAAGCAAGUGACUACUAAUCAACAGUUCGAGAGUGAAGAUACAGCAAUAGAAGACCAAGAGGCCAAAUGUGAUGAUAAAGAAGCAGAAGAUGAGCCUAAGGAUUCUUCGUAUAUACCUCAAAAAAUACAUACCUAUUUUAAGUCAAAUGAAAAUAAUCCAGACACAGCAGAAGAAAGUGCAGAACAUUUUCCAAGAACGCCUGAAACACCUGAGUUUGUUGGAACACCUGACUCAAAGGGGAAGAAAACCCAGUUCUCUAAAACACCUCCAUUUGACUUCAUUCACAAUUUCGGUUGUGAAGAAGGAACAUCAAAAUCUCCGGCUUUCUUUUCUCUCAUGAACUUCUCCCAGAAGUCACCUGGCUUUAAUUUGUUUGAUUCUUCUGUGUUUGGGGCAGAACAUUCAUCUGAUGAGACAGAUGAUAAUUAUCCUGUGGGACACUUGAAUCCCAUGUCCCCACAGAAAGAUUUUGGAAGCUUAUUUGGGAAAUCAGAAAGUGAGGAUGCAUUUGCCUUUCCCUUCCCCUCGGACUCGACUUCUCACGCAUUUGGAGAUGGAAAAGAUGACUUUAGUUUUCCAUUUGCAUUUGGACAGGAUCAGAGAUCAUCACAGUCUCCUUCUGUGCAAGGUUUUCAUUCUUCCUUACAAAAUACAAAGCCAUCUACAUUCUUUUGAAUACCUUUGCCUUCCUUUUAAAUUCUUUUCCUACUUAGCCUUGACAAAUGUUUUCAGUUUCUUAAGUUAAAGUACAAAGCAUUUCAUCUUCUCCUUUCAUUUCAUGUAAGAAUACAUUAUUGCAAUUGCUGCAAGAGCAUGUGUAUCUCCAGCAAGCACAUGCUUUGAGAUGCAGCUUUCAUUUUUCUUAUUUAUUUUCUAAACAUGUUGUUUUCAUAAAAUGUUAUGAUACACUGUCCCUAAAUUGGCACUUACAAGCAGCAGAAAUACCAUUUUAAAAUAGCAUGUUGAGUUAAUUCAAUAUCUGUGAGAGAGCAUCUAAAGAGUACUUCUAGAUGAGUACUUUCAGUCUCUGAUACAAAAUAAAAGAAAGUGUUAGUAAAAGUAACUUUAUUGUACUAGACAAAGCUGAAUUUGAAUUACAGUGUUUUUAAGUUGGUUAUCUGUUAUAAGAUGUUUGAAAUAAACAUUUUUGUUAAUUUCGUGCAAGGUUUUGUAGAUAUCUCUUAAUAUCUGAAGUGAAAUAAUGUUGUAAUAAUACUUGACAUUUAAACUUCUGUCUCACUUGAGAUG